AUGGGUCGUACAUGCUCUUCAUAUUGUUUUUCUUUUUCCAUUGAAGAUAUUUUCUUGCACCUGUUCUUCCACAAUAUGAGCCGGUCAGGCAAGGCGAGUGCUCGAGAGGCAUUGUCGCAGCUACGUGCUCUUCGAGAAUCAGGAAAAACACGCGCGUCAGUAUAUGAAACCGAGGAAAAUCCCGAACUUUACGAUUCGGUGGAUGAGGACGAGUAUCGUCGUGUUGUCCGUAAACGGCUAGAUGAGGACGACUUCGUUGUGGAUGACAAUGGUGCUGGAUACGUAGAAAACGGCUACGAUGAAUGGGGUCCUCGGAAUCCCACGUCGAGUGACGAUGAAGCUGACGAAAACGCAAAGGAUCGUAAAAAACGGUCUUCUUCACAACGGUUAGCUGCUCCAGAACAACGAAUUAGCACUUUUUUCAAACGAAAGGCACUGGCUCCUCCUACCACAAAGUCAAGUUCAGAAAAACGCGCCGAUAAACGCGAUGACGAUGCAUUCCUUGCUGAUAUAUUGGGUGCUGUGGACGCAGAUGUGAUGACUGAACUUCCUAAAAAACGAAAGCUUAAUGAAACGAGAAACCCCCCUUCUGGUACGUCAGUGCGCAAAUCCAAAACAGACGCAGGACAAGCAUACAGCCCCGCUACUGUCUCAAGUCCUAUCCCUACAAAAUUGAAUGCAUCUGUUUCUGUUAGUGCAUCCACGGUUUCUCAGAAUCUCCAUCCGACAGUUAAAAGCAGCCCAGUGCCGGCAAGCGUUGCUAAAUCAACAAGUGUUGACGUUCCCAUGGACGAUGUCUCCCACAAAAUAACCUUGAAAAUGUUCCUAAAGAAUCUUUUGCUACUGCCAUACCAAGCUCACCUUCCUGAUAUGGAAUUGCCCGUUGUUCCUCCUCCUGAUGAUGCUAUUCCGAUAACCUCGCAAUCCUCACAAACUGUCCUUCCUGCCCAUACUGGUCUUACUUCCGCUCCCCCAUCUGAAAUGCUGUCUGAGCUCGAUCCCCCUGCAUGGGUUGAGCUUAGCACUCGUUUGCAAGCAUUACAACAGCCUACUCCUACCUUUCUCCAAGACGGACAACACGACUUUCCUCGUAUUAACCCAAAACACGUUCUUGAUGAUGACGAAAAUGAAGAAAAGGAUGAAGAGGCUUCUGCUUCAUCAACACCGACCCCUACGCAUACUUCUCUCGACGAGGUCCAGGCAGAGGUUUCGGCUCUCUUCUCGAAAAGCGGUAUCCAUGAAUGGAAGUGUAAGGUGGAUCGUUUCAAGUACGCCUUUGAACUGCCAGAUGUGCCCGCAGAGACUGAAUAUUUGCACGUAUUGUACUCAUAUAAAUAUCCCGCGUUCCCUUUCGAUUUAUCGGGCCAAACCUUUUCACGUGUUUUUGGUACGCACACUGCGUUAUUCGAGCAAUUUGUACUUGAAAAAGAUGUUAUGGGUCCUUGCUGGCUUCGCAUCCGUUCUCCUGAUUUCGAUAGCGUAAAAAAUACAAGUUGGUGCCGUCUAGAAACCGCUUGCGCUAUACCCAAUAUCUGCGUUGUUAAAGGAACAGAAAAGGUGCCAGCUGUUACGCCUCCUUUAACUGUUAUGAGUCUGGCUUUCAGAACGCUAGUCAACCAUCAAGUGAACAAGCAGGAAAUCUUCUCCAUCAGUGCUCGGGUUUAUGAAAAUGUGAACAUUGAAUCACCCAUUGUUGCUGAAGAUACAGCAUCCACUUCUUUUACUGUCAUCCGACCUUUGAAGCAGAUUUUUCCAAAUGGCUUCGAGGCAGAGGCUCGAAAAAGCAAAUCCAACAUACGCUGUGAACGCACAGAAAUUGCUUUACUAAAUUACUUUCUUGAGAAGUUGCAAAAUGCUGAUCCAGAUGUCCUAAUUGGACAUGAUUUUGAGGUAUCAUAUUCUAUUCUUUUAUCGCGUAUGCGGGAAAAAAGAAUUCGUAAUUGGCACAGAAUUGGACGACUUAGACGUUAUGAAUGGCCUAAAAUUACAAAUAGGGGUUCACAACAAUUCAUUGAGCGUCAACUGGCCUCUGGGCGUUUGUUGUGUGAUCUUUCUAACGACCUUGGCCGGUCCAUGAUUAAGACUCAGUCAUGGAGUUUAUCAGAAAUUGUGCAGAAAGAGCUUAAUAUUAAACGCCAAGAAAUUGAUCAGGACAAGGCUUUGCAGUCUUGGACAGACACUCCAAAAGGAUUGCUUGAUUAUUUGCUUCACUGUGAGUUGGAUACAUAUUUUAUUUCGGCUCUUGCUUUUAAAACUCAAAUUUUACAAUUAUCAAAAAAUUUGACCAAUAUUGCUGGCAAUUCUUGGUCGCGCACACUAACGGGUACGCGUGCAGAAAGAAACGAGUACAUUCUGCUACACGAAUUCAAAAAAAAUGGCUAUAUUCUGCCAGACAAGCAAUACCAAAACAGCAGAGAGGUCGAUGUUGUUGACCCGGAAGAAACUCCUGCAGACACAUUAGGUAAAAAGAAAGACAAAUAUAAGGGUGGUCUUGUAUUUGAACCAAAGAAAGGCCUUUAUGAUACAUACAUUCUCGUCAUGGAUUUCAACAGUCUGUAUCCCAGUAUCAUUCAGGAAUACAACAUCUGUUUCACUACUGUUCAUCGCAAACAUUGCACUUCAAAAAAUGGUGCUGACGUUGUCCCAGACGUGCCAAACUCGUCGCUCGAACAGGGAAUUUUCCCUCGUCUCAUUGCAAACUUAGUUAAUAGGCGUAAGCAAAUCAAGGCUUUACUGAAGGACAAAAAUGCAACGCCGGUGCAAAGACUGCAGUGGGAUAUCAAACAACAGGCUCUUAAAUUGACAGCCAACUCCAUGUACGGCUGUCUUGGUUACACAAAAUCGCGAUUCUACGCUCGUCCAUUGGCCGUACUUGUUACAUACAAGGGUCGAGAGGUAUUGACUAGCACAAAAGAGUUGGCAGACCUCAUGGGACUUCAAGUUAUUUAUGGUGAUACAGAUUCUGUUAUGAUCAAUACGAAUGCCAACAACAUGACCGAUGCGUUGCGCAUUGGUAAUGAAUUUAAGAAUCGUGUCAAUGAGCGGUAUCGAAAACUGGAAAUUGACAUUGAUAAUGUUUACCAACGAAUGCUUCUUCAUGCAAAAAAGAAAUAUGCUGCCCUUCAAAUGGAUGCCCAAGGAAAACCUGUUCUUGAUAUCAAGGGCCUUGAUAUGAAACGUCGUGAAUUCUGUGCCCUGGCUAAGGAAGCCAGUAAGUAUAGUUUGGAUCAAAUUCUUUCUGGAGAGCUCACUGAGACGGUAAUCUCCAAUAUUCAUGCUUAUUUAGUUGAUUUCGCUCAAAAAAUGCGCAGUGGAAAGUUUUCAGCGAACAAGUUCAUCAUCUUCAACAAGUUGGGAAAAGCACCCGAAAGUUACCCUAACGGAAAAACGAUGCCUUUUGUUCAAGUUGCUUUAAAGAAGAAAGCACGAGGAGAAAAUGUUCGUGUGGGCGAUGUCAUUCCGUUUAUUAUUACCGGAAAUGAAUCACAAGGUCACCCUGCCGACCGAGCUGUUAGUCCUCAACAGGUGAUGGACCAGUCAUCGAAUCUUACAAUCGACUAUGAGUAUUACCUCUCGCAUCAAAUCCUGCCUCCACUAGAACGAUUGGUUGCUCCUGUUGAAGGCACGGAUCGUGCACGUUUGGCUGAGUGUCUUGGUUUGGAUCCGAGAAAGUACUAUACGCCGGAGCAUGCCGAUUCGUCUGCAUUCGCACGAAUUGAAAGUACGUUAACGGACGAUCAGCGGUUCAGUUCUGCUCGUCCUUUAUUGCUCAUUUGCCCUGAAUGCAAGGGUGAAUCUUUCAACAUGAAAACUGUUGCGGAGAUCCGUGAAGUGUUGUUUGCAGACAACGUUGAGUGUGAUUGCGGUUAUGAAUACUCUAAUUUGACAGUGAAUCUGCAAUUUCUCGGACAACUGCGCAAUUAUUUAAAUCACUACUACGAAGGUAUCCUCGUCUGUGAUGAUUCCUCUUGCGGAAACAAAACUCGCCAAAUGAACGUGUAUGGUCGUAGAUGUUGUGCACCGGGAUGUCGUGGACACAUGCAUUUUGAAAUUGACGAUAAGUCUCUUUACAAUCAAAUUAAGUUUUUACAUACGGCGGUACACAAUCCAACGGGUUGUACAAUGAACGGCCUUAUUCGUUGCCGAUCUAUAGAAACUGUGGUUCUUCGUUACUUGAACAAGAAUGCUCGCAAAUUUGUUAAUUUGGGAGCCAUAUAUGCCUCCUACUAA